AUGGAGUCACAUUUAAGUAAUGAUGAGUUCUUCUCAAAACUCGCCCCUCUCUUUGAUUCACGAAGGGAAAAAGACCAUGGUUCUAUCAUUUUAACACAAAAAUGUUUCAACUACAAUCCUACCUCUGGCGCUUUGAUAGCUGUAACUCCAGCUUCCGAAGCUGACGCUGAUGCCCUCACCGAUGUCCUCUGUGCUCAAUUCCCAGACCUCGUACGCGACGCCCCUAUGCCUCUCCUCGUCCGUGCCACGAACAGUAAAGGCAAGCUCCAACGUACGGAGAAGAUAAAACUAUCCACCAUUGUCCAGCCCGAUCAAUUGGAAACUUUCUUCGCUAGAUAUGCAGAAAUAUGUAAAGGUGGCAUGAGUGCGCUCAAGAAGAGAGAUAGGAGGACUGCGAAGGAAAAGCUCAGGGCAAAGAAAAGAAAGAUGGGCACUGCUACUACGGCUGUCUCGCUGGGAGAGGAGAAGAAGUGA